AUGCAGAAUAUAUCCGAUGUGUUGGAACUGACGGAGAACAUACGCAACGUAUGCUUUCUCGCUCACGUAGACCACGGAAAAACCACAUUGUCAGACUCAUUGAUCUCAAGCGUAGGAAUAAUAAGCGAAAAAUUAUCAGGAAAACUCAGAUACUUAGAUAAUAGAGAUGACGAGCAAAUGAGAAUGAUAACAAUCAAAUCGUCAAGCAUCUCAUUACUAUACACAAAAUACGGACAUUUAAACCAUAAUAGCAAUAGUAACUCGCCGAAAAAUGAUAAGGUGUUGAUUAAUUUGAUAGAUUCCCCAGGGCAUGUGGACUUUUCAAUAGAAGUUUCAACAGCAGCGAGACUAUGUGACGGAGCGCUACUGGUAGUGGACGUCGUGGAAGGAAUCUGCCCACAAACGAGAGCAGUUCUGAGACAAGCCUGGCUUGAAAACGUAAAAACCGUCUUGAUACUCAAUAAAAUUGAUAAGCUGAUACUGGAUUUGAACAUGACUCCACUGGAAGCUUACAAGAGGAUGUGUAAUUUAGUAGAGCAAGCAAACGCAUUAAUUUACCAGCUUUUUAUGGAGGAGGUGAUGAAAAAAAGUGAUACACCAGACGUAACCAAGAGCGAGAAAUGGUUUUACUCGCCAUCAGAAGGUAACGUAGUGUUCUGUAGCGCAAUCCAUAAGUGGUGUGUAUACAUCCCAGAAUUCGUAUGCCAAGUAGGCCAGAGGUUAGGAAUCUCACAGUCUAAGUAUGACGUAAUACAAAAGUCACUUUGGGGAGAAUAUUAUUACUGUAAUAAGACGAAGAGCGUAAAGGUGUGUAAGAAUCAAGAAAAGCCUAUGUUUGUACAGUUUGUUCUGGAUCAGAUAUGGAAGGUAUAUGACGCAGUACUCAAAUGUGAUAUAAAUUACAUAAAGAAACUGGCUGCACAUUCGAAUGUUAAAUUAACAUCUAGACAGAUUAAAAUCUUGGAAAAUGCUAAUGAACAACAAUCGAAUAAUUCGUCAUUAAAGAAUUUUGAGUUAUCGCCUGACGAUAGAGAUGACCUCCUCCAGACUAUUUUGAGUAACUGGUUGCCAUUGUGUUCAGGAAUUUUUAGAUUAAUCGUAGAUUCGCUCCCCGAUCCUAUAACAGCAUGUAGAAAAAGGUUGAAGAAGAUAUGCCCGUCAAUAACAAACUAUGAUAAUUAUCGUAAGAUCGUAAAUUUAGAACAAGAUGCGCCAGUGGUACUCCAUAUAGCAAAAUUCUUGGGCUCAGACCUGAGUCACAUGAGACUGACAAGAGACCUUCUCCAGGGCUAUGAACGAGCGGAUGACUUCGUGGCCUUUUCCAGAGUCUUUAGCGGGAAGGUCUCUAAAGGAGAUGUACUGUAUAUAUGUAAAUAUAACGAUAAUAAAUUGAAAUCGGGUACAUUAGACUGCGUAAAUGAACUGGGUAAUUUGUUAAUUAUCCCAAAAUUAAUAUUAUGUUUCAAUUUUUGUUUAGAUGAGGAUUAUGAAAGCACCCAUAUCAAAGUUUCAAUAAAUAAAGUGAUGAUACUCAUGGGUUCUGAACUAAUUGAAGUAGAUAGAGCAUACCCAGGAAAUAUAGUUGCACUCUCAUUAUCCACUAACCAGACAAAUCUGAAUACAGAUACUCAAGAUCAUGUAAAAGAUGUAAUGGCAUGGCUAUUGUCGUUGACUGACCCACAUAGAAGAAAUUUGUACACACUAGAAGGAGGAUAUAACAGAGAUAAAAUAUCAAGAACAAAAACACUUUGCUCAGUGGAUAGACAUUUAACAUUGUCCAGUGACCCGCAGUUCCCACCAUUCUCACCACCAACACAUGAACUUAAUAAUUCAAUAAUAAGAGUGUCAGUUGAGCCACAAAACGUAAAGGAUAUGGAUCAAAUGUUGACAGGACUAGCACUUCUGUAUACAGCAGACCCUGCAGUUGAAAUUGACAUACUGAAAACAGGGGAGUAUAUUCUAGCGUGUUGCGGGGAGAUACACUUGGAACGCUGCAUUUCAGAUUUGACAAAUUUGUACGCAAAAAUUCCAAUUAAUGUGUCUAAGUUGAGAGUAUCAAUACGAGAAGGUAUUGUGGACCUUAAGAAUAACAUUAGUCUACACCUUUUAUCAAAAAAAGUUAAUUUCCCGCCAUGGAAGAGUUCAAGCUCGGAUGAUCAGAUAAAGAAUCCAAGUGAAGACCCUCAAAAGAACGCUGUUCAAGAAAAUGAAGAAGGAUAUAAAUCAGAAGAUAAAUCGCACAUUCAAAUUACUCCAGAACUCUGGAUAACACAAGAAUCACAAAACCAAGGCUUAGUGUAUUUUAAAAUAUCAGAUGAGUUCGUUCUAUUUUUAACGGCGAGACAAAUGAAUAACUCAGUUCUACAAUACUUGGAUGAAAAUAGCAAGGACUUAAAGGGGCUCAUUUAUAGCGGUGAAGUCCCGAACAGGUUUGAAGGCCACACACUGAACGACUCAUUGAAUCUUGUGCAAACUGAAAUUUACAAGCUCAUGAACUCUAAUGCCAAACCAGGCAAGAGUGGAGUAAAAAUGAACAAGGAUAAGGGUUCCGAAGGAGGAACAGCUUUGGGUGACCUUUGGGGAAUAAGUCUGAAUAAAGGUACAAGGUGUUUGUUGUUCUACAGAAAUAACAGCCAAUACUUUGCAAAUAAAUCCCAGAACCUCUUGACCAAAAUGCAGUGGACCUUCAUAGACUCAUAUAAUCGCAGUAGCAUAUUCUCGUUACAGAACUCGAAGCUGAUUUCUAACAUAAUUUCUGGCUUUGAACUGGCAUCGCAAUCAGGUCCAUUAACUGAAGAACCGCUCAGGGGGGUUGUGUUUGUAAUUGAAGGCAUAUAUUUGAAUAAGGAAGACCAGCUCAUAGGAUCACCAUCCUCAUCAGUUUCCUAUAACCACCUGAAGAUGCAAAAAAACAAAGAAUCCAUUGAAGAUAACUUAAAUUCUCUAACCAUGGGCUUGAAUAAAGACUUUGGAAAUAUAUUAAACAAAUAUACAAAUGCAUAUAAAGAUGGAGAACUUAGGCAUAAAGAUGGGGGAAAUAAGGAGUUGGAUGACAUCUCAAUGGCUAAAUCUGACCAGCAUAAUGAAGUUGGAUCAUGCGCAGCAUCACCUGAAACCUCAAUUCGGUUCAGUGAUUCUUGCACGAUUACCUCUAAAAUAUCACAAACAUUGACGCCCUGGAGAAUAAUGACUAAUAUGCGUCACCUGUGCCGUAAAGCAUACAUGCAAAGAGGACGAACAAGAAUUUAUGAAGUCAUACUGAGACUAGAUUUGCAAUGUGAACAAAAUGUUUUGGGGAAAAUAUAUAACGUUUUACAAAAGAGAAGAACACAAAUAUUGAGCGAGAAUGUUAAAGAAGGCACAACCACAUUUGUGAUCGAGGCUACAAUGCCAGCUAGUGAAUCCUUUGGACUAGCUCAGGACCUAAGAUCAAAGGCCUCAGGCGGUGUCAUUUUCCACCUCCAGUUUUCUCACUGGGAAAUGCUACCAGAGGAUCCAUUCCCUGAAACCACAAUGACUGAUUCAGAGCUUGAGGACGACGGGUUCAAUAUAACACUUCUGUUGCAGUCUAACAUUCCAAGGAAGAUAAUAAACCACCUAAGGAAGAUUAAAGGUUUGGCAACUGAGGAGAAGGUGGUUGUGGCGCCGGAGAAACAAAGAACGCUUUCCACUAAAAAAUAA